GCACUUUCUUAUCAAGAAUUUUGAUAAGCUUUGAUGCGUCGCGUCGAAUUUGCGUGUGCAGUAAUCAACAAUAAAUGUCAUGGCACAGCGGAAUGCAAAAACUGUGUCAAACCGUUGCUAAGGAAGCCCGGAAGAGGCAGAGUGCUCCAGCAGUGAUAAAAGCAAAUCUAAUUUGCUUACAUUACGAAACCGCAAAUUGAUUUUGCCAGCUUUGGCAGCAGCCGUGUCCAUAUUAUUGUGCGUGCGUUAUUGUGUCAAAUGGUCAUACUUUAAAACUGAAGCUUUGUGACCGUUGCCCCCAGUUUGUCCAAGAUGUUAACCCUCUAUUACGUGAGCGCCACCUUGUUGCAGUCCUGGCGAAUUCAAAGGGCUUGCAAUAAAAUUGCUGAACAGCUAGCCCAGUCUUCGAGCGUUGCCUUCUAUGCAAUCCAACCUGGCAACGACGAUGGCUUCGAUGCUACAAUUGCCAGCUCGGAGCUGUGCGGUAAUCGCAAUGCGGCCAAGGUCACGGAUAUAUUGUGGUUGCAUGGCAAUCAGCACGGUUGCUGCCUGCGUCCAUUGCAAACGGUGCAAAUUACGCCAUGGAUUAGUUUUCCUCCUGCGCCCAGUUGGCUGCCGUUCGCCUAUGCAGCCGACACCGUUACACCCACUGCAACUCCAACGGAAAUCGAACCGCAACCCAGAAUAACUCUGUCACCGGAUGAGAGUCAACAUUUGCAACUAUUGCUUGAGGCGCAAGUAGAGCUGCAACGGGAAGCGGGCGCCCAACACAGCGUACCGGUGCGGCUGGAAUCUUAUGGUAAGCUAAUUGCAUGGAAAAUAGACUCCCACCUGGCAGUACUCAUCGAAACGGAUGUUGAGCAUUUCACAAAACUAUUGAUAAUGACAUUUUUACAAAAUAAUUUAUUCAUUAAUGAUCAGCUGCCACUGAUGAGGAUUGAGUCUGUGCAACGAGAGGGUCAACCGCAGCCGUUUGAACUGCUGGCCAAUCAUCUGAAGCGGCAAUCGCGCAAUGCGGCCGAGAUUAGUGCGGAGGGCUGGCAAAAGCAUUUAGAGGAUCUACGCGCACUAAGCGUACUGGCUCGCCAGGCUACCGAAUUUGAGCAGCAAAAGAAUCGGAACGAAUUUAAGGCAAGCAUUCCUAAGCAGGACUUGUUGCUUCAGCGACAGGCGGAGCAGUCGCCUGCAGCAGCACAAAGCAUUAUAAAGGCUGUAGCUGUAGUGGAACCCACCACCAAGACGCCGUCUCCCGCCAAGCCCACUCAAUUGAAGAAACCGGCUUCACCUGAAGAUAUUGGAAAAAUUACUACGGCCCUCAAGUCGCCCACGCAGUUGACUCAGCCUUCUCCAGCUGAAAGUCUUUUGAGCAACCCCACGGAAGAGGAAAAAACGGUUAUCACCACGCCAACAGCAGUCCAGGACACCUCAACCAUGGCAGCGGCAAACACAUCAACGCCCAGCAAAAGCUUUGUUGCCGUCAAGCCUAAUUCGCCACCGCCGAAAGCCGCAGCCUCCACCCGACCGCGUCCCGUUUUGCGCCGUAAUAAGGAUAGCCUGGGCGAGAGUAAACCCCUGAAUGUGCUUGUCUAUUCGGACAGCGCCAGUGCACGUGAUUCGGCAAUGGCAACUCUUCGCCAGCUUCUAGAGCCUGAUGUGUACACCAUUUAUGCACUAACUCCGCAACAGGCGGGACAAAAGCACUGGCUCGAGCAGACGGCGCUGCUGGUGGUAUGCGGCUCUGUUGCGCCGGCUAUUGGCCAGAUAUUGGUCGACUAUUUUCUGCAUGGCGGCAAGGUCUUGAGUCUCUGUUCGGAUAUUUUACACUUCAUCUUGCCUAACUAUCGCACGGCGGAGGUUCGGGAAAACGAGUUGGUUCAGUUCUCCUAUGACAAGUGGCAGCGGGUGAAGAUGAUGCAUCACAUUUUCUGUUACCAACCGUCUCCGGUUAAGAAAAACUUUUCCACCGACAGCGAGGAGUCUUCCAGCCAAACGCAUUCACGUAAACCAGCUCUAGUAUGUCCAAGGUCCAUGGAUUUGAAGGACAUGACCGGUCAGACCCACCAGCUGGACGUUAAAGUACUGGGCACUGAGGAGACCUGGAACACGCCCAGUAUAUUGCUGGCUAACAGUUUGCGGAGCGGCGGUAAAGCCGUCUUCUCUCAGGUUCACUUGGAGACAAAUCCCAGUGACUUUGAGUUUGAUGAAAUGAAGUUCGCAAUCUUGAAACAAAGCGAACGCACACGCAUCGAGAUCUUUACGGAUAUCUUGCACAAGUACCUGGAUAUCGAGGUGCAAGUCAGCGAGUCACAAGUUCCUGCCCCUGCCGGAGUUGUCUUCAAGCAGGCCUUCUUCUUAGGCCGUCAUGAGUCGAAAUUUGAACUGCUGGAGAAGCUACGUCCACGUUGCAGCGGUAAUGACGAUGUCAUCGUUACGCCCAAGCUGACUAUUAAGUUCUGUGGCAAGGAUGAUAAGGCGCCGGUGGCGAACACAAAUGUGUUGCCCAUUGUGAUACAUUCUUGUCCAGACGAUUUCUCCACCGUUGACUACUUUGAUAAUCUGAAAACGGAGCACAUUGGACGCUUGGUUAUCUAUGCGCCAGUAUUAACUAGUUCGAUGCAUGUGAUCAACGAUCUGGAGCUGAUGCAUGGCCUUGCUGUGCUGCCACGCCAGCAGACAGCGGGCACGGGUCGCAGCGGAAAUCAGUGGCUGAGUCCCAUGGGCUGCGCUAUGUUUUCUACACAGCUGCACAUCGCCAUGGAUACGCCACUGGGCACACGCCUUUCCUUGAUACAGCAUAUGAUAGGAGCUGCUAUCGUGAACACCCUACGAGGCCAUAAACUGUAUAGGGUACUCGAUAUAGCUUUAAAAUGGCCAAAUGAUAUUAUUGCCAAUGGAAAUUACAAAAUUGGUGGACUUGUCGUCAAUACCACUUUAUUGGGCUCGCAGGCGAUUGUAAAUAUUGGCAGCGGAAUUAAUUUAAGCAAUUCAAAACCGACGGUCUGUAUUAAUGACAUGAUAAAUGAGUAUAAUGUGCGAAUGCCUAAUGCUAAAUUGCCUUUACUCAAAUAUGAGCAAUUUAUGGCAAUGAUUUUUAAUGAAAUUGAAAAAAUAUUGUCUGAAGUACAAAACGGAGAUUUUGAUACUUUCUACUCCUUGUAUUAUGAACUUUGGUUGCAUAGCGAUCAGCAAGUUACUAUUUGCCUGCAAAAUGAUCAAGAAAAGGAAGCCACAAUUAUUGGAAUCGAUGACUUUGGAUUCUUAAAAGUAAAACUAGCGAAUGGAACAAUUGAAACUGUUCAGCCCGAUGGAAACAGUUUUGAUAUGCUAAAAGGAUUGAUAGUACCUAAAUACAAUUAGCUUAAUUAUUAAAGGAAUUCUUAUAUAAUACUAA